AUGCUGUCCCGUGCCAUCGCUCCCACCGCCCGCCUCGUCGCCGCCCGUCCGCUGCGCGUCGUCCCCGCCGUCCCAAUCCUCCUGAGCCGUUCUCCCGUCCUUGCAUCGCUCGUCGCACCUUCGUUCCACCGCACCUACGCCGGCCAGCCCGACCGGUCCUCUUCGCACGAAGGCGCUCCCGUUACCUCGACCUCUCACCCGACUGUUCCCCGAACUCCGCCCAAACCUACACCCUUCUUUGCCCGCAAGAACAUUGGUCUCGAGGUGACUCCUCUGAUGGCGUUCAUCGGCACGAUUGUCACGGUCGCAAUCGGCUUCAUGGUGCACGCUCUCAUGACCGACAACACGAUCCAGCAUCGUCACGGCGUUCCCGAGGAUGAUGAGCUGAAGAAGGCGAUUGGCAAGAAGUGA